AUGAGCAUUUUUGUAUCAUUCAAGGCAUCUCUAGAGGGCCUUUUUUCUGGUUGUAGAAGUGUUAUUGGAGUAGAUGGAAUCGAGAAGGCUCUCACUGAUUUGUGGCCUAAGGUGCAAAGAAGGUAUUAUUGUAGACACCUUAGUGCCAAUUGGAAGAAGUCUUUUCAUGGGCCUAAGUUAUGGAAAUUGUUUUGGCUAGCAUGUGGGGCCUUCUCAACCUUCACAUUUGCAAAGGCCAUGAAUGAGAUUGAAAAAAACAACCCUGAUGCAAGGAGAUGGCUUGCUAAUUUGGGUCCACAAGAGAGAUGGACAAAACAUAAAUUUGACUCUGAAUUGAAGUGUGAUGUUAAUAAGACAAAUUUUGUGAAAAGCUUCAAUGCAACCCUAGGAACUGACAGGUUCAAGCCAGUGUUAAGUUUGUUAGAGGGAAUUAGGAGAAUAACAAUGGUUAGGUUAGCAGCAAGGAGGCAGAAGUGUGAAGAAUGGGAGAGGCUGUGUCUAAACAUUGCGAUGAGAGUUCAAGUAUUGUGCAAUGAGAGUAGGUCUUGCAGGGCUUUCAUGUCUAGUCCAGGGGAGUAUGAGGUGGUGGAGGGUAAAUCAACUUUGGCUGUCAGUUUGAACCAAUGCACAUGCCUUUGCAAUAUCUGGCAACUCACUAGCAUACCAUGUAGGCAUGCAAUGAUAGCGAUACUUCAUGAAGGUCUUGAUCCACAAUCCUUGGUUGAUGAUUGGUAUUCAGUAGAGAACUAUAAGUUUGCCUAUCAUAACAGCAUUAAACCUAUCCCUGAUCAGGAUAAGUGGCCAGCAACUGAACACCCUACUAUAUUACCUCCUAUGCUCAGUAGGCCUUGUAGGAACCGAAAGAGAGGUGAUGAUGAAGAGAGGAAGGCAAAGAGGAGCAAGACAAUAAAAUGUGGGAAGUGUGGGGAUUUUGGUCACAACAAGGCCAGUUGCAAGGGAGGGGCAACAAAAAAACAGAAGGCAGCAGCACCAAACACUGAUGAUGCUUCAACUUCCAAGUGCAAGGGAAAGAGCAAAGCAAAAUGA